GACCUGAGAAGUUAAUUCUGAUUUAGGACGUUAGACAGCUGGAAUCUCGUAUUGUUUCAGGCAAAUAUGGAAGGAACAGCUGAAGAUUAUGAAAGAUUAAGCACCACUUUAAUCCUUCGCUACGUAGAAUCAGCUUUGGAUUUACACUUUCCAAACAUGAAAUGGUCUGAUGAGGAUAUCAUUUUGGAUAUUGGAUGCGGUACAGGAAGAACCACAAAAAAUAUUCUUCUACCAAAAUGUCCAAAAUUUAAGAAAAUCGUUGCUAUCGACAUAAUGCCUAAAUACAUCGAAUAUGCCAGAAAAAAAUAUUCCGACAAAAGAAUUGAAUACGAGACACGGGAUAUCCUCCAAAGACCAAAUGUUGAAGAAGUGAAAAGAUAUGACAAAAUCGUAUCCUUCUACGUAUUUCACCGGAUAUCCGAUUUCAAAAAACUCUUUUCUGUUAUAUCUUCGAUUUUAAAGCCUGGAGGAUAUUUUUCGUUCACUUUUUUCAUUAAAAAUCCAUUUUUUUCUAUUUUGCAAGAAAUAAGUAAUAUCGAUGAAUGGACGAAGAUCAUAAAGAGACGACAUAUACUUGAUGAACUACCACCUUUUCUUAAUUGGAAGGAUGUAGAAACAGAAUUUAGUAAUUUCCUUUCAAAUUUUGGUCUGCGAGUGACAAGUACUAACUGUGAAGUCUUCGACGUGUUAUAUGCCAACAAAAAAGCAUAUUUGGAUACUCAGUUAGUAUUAUUACCAGAAAAAAUUUUUAGAGGCAUGCAAAUUGAAGUGAGGAAUCGUCUUUGGAAGCUGGCAGAACCUUCAAUUUUGAAAUAUUCUUCUGUAAAUGAAAACGAUAUAGGCAUCACACUACAUGAGAACAUGUCGUCGCUGUGUGAAAAAAUGGAAGAUACCAUAGAAAAUGGCGAACCAUUAGAUUAUCGCUUUAUAAUUCAGAAACACGCCCAAUAUUGUGACAUUCUUCUCGACAUGGACGAAAUGAUUAAUCCAACAUUAUCAGUUUAUUACUUGUUUCAGUUGACAAUCACUGCAACGUCUUUCUACAUUGGCAUAUAUGGCAAAGGAUUGAAGAUUUUAAAGUAUAUAGGCAUCACACUACAUGGAAACAUGUCCUCUUUGUGUGAAAAGUUGGAAAAUGCCAUGGAGAACGACAAACCAUUAGAUUUUCGCAUUGUAAUUCAGAAACAUGUCCAAUAUUGUGACAUUCUUCUGAACAUAGAUGAAAUGAUUAACCCAACGUUGGCAGUUUACUACCUAUUUCAAUUGUCAAUCACAACACUGUCCUUCUAUAUUGGCAUAUACGGAGAAGGAUUGAAGAUCGUGAAAUAUGGAUUCAUAUAUGUUGGAAUUGCUACUAACAUUGUUUUUUCUUUUUCGGUUUUCUUGACAACACAGAUACCAAAAACCAUGCAUCGAUUUCGUUCACAACUUGAAUUACUUUUUUUUCGUCAGAAAAAUGUCAAUGAUCAAUUAAUGAUAAUUUCCUACAGAAAAAGACUAGGAAAAUGUCCUCCGGGUAUCACUGUAGGUGGAAUAUUUACAAUAACUCGUAAAAGUAUACCCAAGGUAAGAAGUCCAGUACUCAUUUUUAUAUAA